AUAAUUCACACGCUAGAGUCGAAGAGGAGUGCUCAAAAAUCCGGAUGUAGCUCUCUUUAAAAAAAUCAGAAUAAUCUGUUAAUUAAUGAAUGGGGCCUGUAGUCAUUAGGCAGUGCGAAACGUUACAAUUAAAGCUGUAAAGACAGAAAAAUCCAGUAAGAUGAGGAAUUUAGUUUGGGACCUCGCCAGCUUGUUCUGAUAACCAGCUACAUACGUCAAACUUGUAGUCAACUUGAGAGGCGAGCGACACCAGUCGCGGAGAGCAGCCUGGCAACAGAUGGGUGUGCGACGCGUCAAGUAAAUCAAUCCUUUAACAAGAUUUAAUUGCUUUAAUUGCAAAUAAAUUAUGGCAAGGCAACUGGUCUCGAGGCUGUGCGUAUUGUUUGGAGUUCUGCUCAGUAUUGAAGGUUCCAGGCAGCGUCCAGAUGAGGUCCCACCGCGGAUUGUCCACCACCCCUCUGAUGUGGUGGUGAGGGUGGGCAGCCCCGCCACCCUGUCCUGCCGGGCCGAGGGCACGCCGGAACCCACCAUCGAGUGGCUGCGCAACGGGCUGCCCCUGGAGAUGGACAAGCUUGAGAGCCAAUCGCGGCCCAUAGUCCUGUCGGAGGGCAGCCUCUUCUUCCUCAGUGUGGUCCCUGGGAGGAGGGGCCAGUCGCACGAGGGUGUGUACACAUGCGUGGCCCAGAACAGCGCCGGCAAGGCUAUGAGCCGCAACGCUACGCUCCACAUCGCAGCUCUGCGAGAUGAGUUUCGAGUGCAGCCGAGUGAUGUGGAGGUGGCUGUGGGUGAGGUGGCAGUCAUGAAUUGCACCCCACCCACUGGCCAUCCGGAGCCCAAUGUCACCUGGAAGAAGGACGGGGUGCCCAUCAACUGCACAGAUGAGCACUACACUGUUUUCAAUGGGAAGUUGGUAAUUGCUCCCACCCAGAAGAAUGACUCUGGAGUGUAUGUCUGUGUGGCAUCGAACACUGUGGGGGUGCGCGAGAGCAGAGCAGCCAGAUUGUCUGUUUUAGCGAGGCCGGUGUUCACACGGAAGCCCCUAAACGUGACUGCGAGGAUUGGGGACUCUGUGCGAUUCUUGUGUGAGGCGCAGGGGGACCCCAUGCCUUUGGUGCAGUGGACGCGGGAACAGGGCUCGUUGCCACAUGGAAGGUAUGAGGUGAAUCCGGGCCACAGUCUUGAGAUCCACUAUGUGACAGCCCAGGAUACAGGGAGGUACACGUGCACUGCGGUCAAUGAGGUGGGCGUGUCCUCUGCCAGUGCCAGUCUGGUGGUGCAGGAUGCCUUGAAUGUCGGACAGAAGGAGCUGCACACAGAGCUGUCUGCGAUGCGCGUGGCUCUGGAGAACGUGACCAUCCUGUCUCCCUCCUCAAACAGACUACAGCUGCAGUGGAGGCUGCAGUCCUCGCCCCUCCAGCCACAUCACCUGGAUGGUUUUGAGGUCCUCUACCGCUCUCUUCUCCCUGCCAGCUCUGAUUGGGCAGCUCAGAGAGUGACCCUGCCCCAUUACCAAGCUGUGAUUGGCCCUCUUAAGAGAGGGUACAAGUACGAGCUCAAAGUGCGGCCCUACGGCGGUAACUUGUAUGGGCGGGAGAGCAACACCAAACACCUGCGAGUUCCAGAGCUAGUCCCCAGUGCCCCUCCUCAGGGCAUUGCUGUGACAAUGGCUGCGGACCGGAAUGACACGAUCCACGUCAGCUGGGACCCUCCUCCCCAUGAGGCCCACAACGGAAUCAUUCAGAGUUACCAGGUGUGGUGUUUACAGUCAGGGGACCAGCGGUCACCCAACUGGACCAUAGGCAGUGGCACCCAUAGCCUGGAGAUUGGUUCUCUGGAGCCGGGAAAGCAGUACUGGGUUACAGUGGCAGCGGUCAAUGGAGCAGGCAUUGGUGUGAAGAGUGACCCUCACAAACUCAUUUUAGAGCCCCUGCAGGCUGUGUCCCCUCACCAGAGGAACUCUGGAAUCCCGGCACAGGUCCUGGCUGUAGUGCGGGACCCUGUGUUCAUUGGGAGUGUGGGCGCCCUCUUGUGGUGUGUUCUGAUGGUCACUGCAGUUUGCCUGUACCGCCGCCAUACCAGGCCCAGCCACCUAAGACACAGCCACCGCAAAGGUGCAGGAUUGUACAGACUGGCCAGCGAAGACCUGAUUAUAAAACACAGGAUGGCUGCCCCCGAUUCUCCCUGGAUGUCUGGUGCCUGGAGGUCUGCCCCCUUCAACGAGCCAUACCACAGCCUCUGGGCCCAGAGCCAGGAGAACCCCGGCUUCAGGAAGACCACGCUUCCAGCUGCAGCAAAGAAGGACCCGAGCCCGCUGGAAACAGCUGUCCCCAUAGUGCCCGACAGCUGUGGGGUGUACGGCACGUUCUACGUCGACCUCACAGGAAACGGCCUGAAGACCUUCAACAGCCCAGCCCGACGCCCCAAAGCGCCCCACACCAGCAGCCCGCGGAUGUCCGAGACCGUGCGCUUCUCCCAGCCCAUCUUCAAGACCGCCAUCGUCAGGGAGGGGCAGGUGCUGCCGUGGAAACGGGCUCUCCCUGCCCAGCCCAACAUGGGCGUGAUCAAGGAGUCUUGGGAAAAAAAUUACAAGCGCGAGCUCCACGCUGUUAACAGCGCCCCCUUAGUUCCCACACGGCAGCAGUCGCUGGCAGUUCAGAGUGUGCCUAGCUCUCACGCCCCGAGGUUUGGCCAGCGGCCCCCAGGUGGGCUUUCAGAAUGCGCCAAGCCGCUCGGCUCGCCCAGGGUCCUGCACUACUCUGCCUCACUACACUUGAUUGACGUGCUGCCAACCCCGCCCCCUCUCCCACUGGACGACACCCACAGCUUGAGUUCGGAGGAGGAGUCCAGCAGGUCCACCAAGCUGACUGUGGAUGGGGGCUCCCUGCGGUCCAUGGGCACUGUGUCCGGCCUCCAUGGCCCGCCCACCACAGCCGGCUGCCCCUCCUACAGCCGUCUCUCCACCGCCUCCUUCUGCAUGUCUGUGGACGAUGAGCAAGACACUGCCCUGUCCGCCCAGGAGGUGGCGCAGUACCUGGAGCUCAGCCCCAAGGUGGACAGGCGCAGUGUCCUCCCUGAUAGCCCUGCCUCGAUACCCCGCCCCUUCUCGCCGACACCCACAUUUGGCUACAUCUGCGGGCCCCUGCCGUCGGACCUGGACACAGAAGACGUGAGCGAGGAGCCGGACGCGGGGCGGUCACAGCAGCUGUGCUCCAGGCGGAGCCGGCUGAGGAGCACACCCUCGUCCUGCGGCAGCGAAUGGGAGGGCUCCCUCUGGAAUGGGUGGGGCUCCGUCUCCGAGGGCAACAUGCCCAGCGCCCGCGCCAGUCUCAUCAGCUCCUCUGACGGGUCCUUCAUGAACGACGCCAACUUUGCUCGUGUCCUAGCAGUGGCUGCCGAGUCAAUGGGCGGAGCCGCUUUCUCAGACUUCUCCCCUCCCGCUUCGCCCCUGAGUGCGCUGUUCCCCCCGCGGGAGUGUUUUGGAGAGCUCGACCCCCUGCCGGUGUGGGAUUGGAGCACGGCCUGGGUUGAGGAGAUCGAGGCGCAGUACCGUUCCUCCAGAGGGGCUCGUGGAGUGCCGGGGCGAGACAAAGCCAGAGAGACCUGAACCCGUGGCUCAGACAAUAGGAGAAGGGCGGAGCUCAGGGGAGGACAGUUUUUCAAAGAGAAGCACUCCAGUGAUGAGAACCCAGAGCCGCUCUCUCAACAUGUGCCUGCCUCAUGCUUACACUGUUGCUAAACUGCAUAUCCCAGAAUACCUCAGGGCUGCCUCUUCCAUUUACUCUUUCCAGCUGACCUGAGUUUUUAUAAUAUGGGGUGAUUGGGGGGCUUAUCAAGUGUAGUAAGAUUUAAGAACACAAGAAAAGAACAUAAUGGAUUAUGAAAGAGUAUUUGGAGAGAGCUUCUUUUUAUUAGAAUCACUGUUCACUCACUGCUUUAUUUGAUUAAUAAUCAGGCAUUCUUAGAUCUUUUUUUUUCCUGGGGAGGUAAACAGAAAUCAUAAGAGCAAGACAGAGAACAUCCUGUUUUCAUUCCCU